AUGUCGAAAGGAUUCUCGUUUGGUGCGCCAGCCUCGAACGGUGCGUCUGGGGGAGGACUCUUUGGGUCGGCUGGCAAUGCUUUCGGUUCCAAUCAGAACAACCCCAGCACUGGUUCUGGAGGCGGUCUCUUCGGCAAUGUAGGAGCUUCUACCAGCGGCACCUCUUCGCCUUCUAUCUUCGGAGCUAGCCCUGCGACAGGCUCGGGCAAUACAUUGUUCGGUGGUGCAGCCGGUGGUGCUAGCAGCGGUGCGGCCAGCGGUGGUACACCUGCGUUCAGUUUCGCAAACCAGAGCAAGCCCGGAAGCACACCCCAGUCGCCGGCGUUGUUCGGCGGCGGAUCACAGACACCCAACAAGCCCGGUGAAACUCCUGCUGCCGGGCAAACAAGCAGCGGCAACCUCUUCGGAAAUGCCGCCAAACCCACCGGUAACCUAUUUGGGGGCGCCGCAGCGACUCCUGCGCCACCAGGUAAUUCGCUCUUUAACACUAACUCCACUACACCUGCUGGUCCUCCGCCGCAGGGAACCGCUGCUGGCCAGGGCCAGUCGCUCUUCGGACAGACAGCUCAGAAACCGGGUGGCAUCUUCGGCGGAUUGAACACAGCUACAACAUCCUCGUCGAUCGCGUCGCCCACCACCACCACCACCACAGGAUCUCCUGCUACCACUACCCCGACGCUCUUUGGGGGGAAUACACAGCCUCAAUCCACUGGCGGUGGUAUGUUCGGAGGCAAUGCCCAACAGAAACCUGCAUUCGGAGCAACCCCUUCGGCACCAAGCGGUGGACUCUUCGGAGCCGCGAAGGACAAGCCUGCGGAAUCAACAACUCCGACAACCACAACAGAGGGCGCUGCAAAACCACUAUUCGGGGCUGCCCCGGCAGCUGGACAAGCCCAGGGAUCUUCCCUUUUCAAGAUGCCAUCAGCCGGCACUGAUACUGCUUCAAAACCUGCCUUCCCAUCACUUGGUAUGACCACCACAGCUUCGACGACUCAACCUGCUACAACCUCGACCACCUCUGCCACUCCGCAGAAACCAGCGUUUCCUACUCUCGGAGGCACUACCUCCGCAACCCCAUCGGGCACCCCAGCGGCUGCUCCUACUGGAGGUGGCCUGUUUGGAGGGCUCAAUGCGUCGAAGCCUGCGGAAACAGCGCCAUCCACACAAGCCCCUAGCACUUCGACUGGUGCCGCUGCAACUAUUAGCGGUGCCAAACCGUCGCUCACAGCUACUUCGGCACCAGCUACUUCGGCGACAACCACCACAGCGACCACCGGAAUGGCCGCCCCGACAACUACCGCAGCGGGAGGCACUGCUCUUGGCGCUUCGACUGCUGGGCCCACUCCACCGGCGCAGUCUCGCCUGAAGAACAAGACUAUGGACGAGAUCAUCACCCGGUGGGCCACCGAUCUGACCAAAUACCAGAAGGAAUUCCGCGAGCAGGCCGAGCAGGUCGCCGAGUGGGAUCGGAUGCUCGUAGAGAAUAUCACCAAGGUCCAGAAACUUUACGGAAGCACCGUCGAUGCAGACCGGGCGACACAGGAGAUUGAGCGCCAGCUUGCGUCUGUCGAAGGCCAGCAGGAGGAGCUCAGCUCAUGGCUGGACCGAUAUGAACGUGAAGUGGACGAGAUGAUGUCGAAGCAGGUUGGACCUGGCGAGGCUCUACAAGGACCGGAUCAGGAGCGUGAGAGAACCUACAAACUGGCCGAGAAACUGUCAGAUCAGUUGGACGACAUGGGCAAGGACUUGACCAGUAUGAUCGAGGAAGUCAACAGUGCUUCGGCUACUCUGAGCAAGACCAACAAGGCCGAUGAACCGAUUUCCCAAAUCGUGCGCAUUCUCAACUCGCAUCUCUCCCAGUUGCAGCUCAUUGACCAGGGCACAUCCGAGCUUCAAUCCAAGGUCAGUGCUGCCCAGAAGUCCGGCCACGCGCUGUCGUCUCGGUUCGGGCACGGCUUCGGCAGCUCUGGGAUGGGAGGUGGAAGUGCGGCGGAUGAUUUCUACCGCUCGUACAUGGGCCGGCGGUAA